UGCUGCCUGCCCGCCCAGCCCGCCGGCCGGGGCCUGCCGCCACCCGUGGAUGAGCCACAGGACCUCCUCCACCUUCAGAGCGGAGCGGAGCUUCCAUUCCUCCUCCUCCUCCUCCUCCUCGGCCUCCCACAGCCUCCCGGCCCAGGACCCACCCAUGGAGAAGACCUUGAGCAUGUUCUCCGAGGAUUUUGGCAGCUUCAUGCGGCCCCACUCGGAGCCCCUGGCCUUUCCAGCACUCCCCACGGCCCGCGCCGGGGGACCGGGCAACAUCAAGACCCUGGGAGACGCCUACGAGUUUGCUGUGGACGUGAGUGACUUCUCACCUGAAGACAUCAUCGUCACCACCUCCAACAACCACAUAGAGGUGCGGGCUGAGAAGCUGGCAGCCGACGGCACCGUCAUGAACACCUUCGCUCACAAGUGCCAGCUGCCGGAGGACGUGGACCCCACGUCAGUGACCUCGGCCCUGCGGGAGGACGGCAGCCUCACCAUCCGGGCCCGGCGCCAGCCCCCCACGGAGCACGUGCAGCAGACCUUCCGGACGGAGAUCAAGAUCUGAGGGCCGCCCCGCCGCACCCCCCACUGCCCCGUGUCGUGUUCUCCCCCUCCGGCCAGCCAGAGUGGCUCUCCUGAUCCCCUCGUGUCAGCUCUGGGGACGUCUCAGCCCAGGUUCCCGGCCCUGACACCCCACCCCACCCCAGACCCCAGGUGGGUCAUCCCCACCCCCAAAUGAGGGCUUCUUCUCUACCCAGGGCAGGCCGGGGACCCCCCUGUCUCACUUGUGGCCCCCAGAUUGCAGAUACGGCCUUAAUCCAGAACAAAGGGUUUGGGAUGGGAACAGGAGAUCCCAGAGAACCCGGUUUGGAGAAGGGGGCUGGGACAGGCAAGCUGGGCAAAUAAUCUGCAGGACAGACAGACAUAGUCUUUCAUCUUUGGAGUCGCUGCAGGGCAGGGGAACUGGGUACCCGGGACCGCCUUGGCCAAGGGGAGCAGGAGGGCGGAGGGAGGUCACUGGCAGAGGCGCCCAUGAAACCCAACUGCCAGACAUGGAGAGGCAGGAGACAGCCCUGAGGGUCCGUUUCCCUGCAGCCGCUCUCCAAGCCCAGAGACCGCUGCCAGGCUGCCCGCUCACAAGGUGCCCCAUCCAGCCCAAUGCCCCCGGGCAGGGCCAUGUUGUGUCUGUAUAUAGAUGGGGUUUUUCCAAUACAGCUGGCUCGUGAUAAACUGUGUGAACCAUCUGUCACCUGCUCAUACCUCCAGGGAAGCCUGGGCCGGGGGGCGGGGCUGACCCUUCCUCCUCCCACCCGGAGACCUGGGCUCCUAGGACUGUCUCCACUGCAGACAAGUCACCCAACAAAAGGAAGCAUGGAUGGGGCUUGAGUCCUGGAGGUAGGAUCCCAGCUUCCCACCAACCUUCCCUUGUGGCCGUCUGCCUUCCCCAUCCUCCCUAUCUAUUAUCUGUGAAACUAUAGGCAUGGAGUGUGUGUAUACCACAUGCACACAAACAGGUGCGCAUGCACACACACACACACACACACACACAUGCCCGGUUACCCUUGUCCUUCAAAUACUAAGCGUUACCAUUGGUUGCAGCCAAAUUCAGAACUUUCUUUCUCAAAUUUUGGUCACACCCUGCAGCCUGUGGGGUUCCCUAAGCAGAGAUUGAACCCGCACCCACUAUGUGGGGAGGCGGAGCCUUAACCACUGGACCACCAGGAAACUCUCAGAACACUCUGAAAUCAGGUUUACAAUCUCCACUUGUUACUUUUAUCAGUGGGGAAGGAGUGAGCAGCUGAGCAGCCAGCUUGCCCACUGAAGCAUGGGUUUGAACCCAGGAUGUCGGAAGCCACUCUCGAACCCCACCUGCCCCUCCGUGCAGAGGGGAAGAGCUCCCCUGUUCUGCCUCUCUGCCCUGCACCCACCCCACAGCUUCCUGCUAGAGAGAGAAUGCCCCACCCCUGUCCCUCCUCAUCCCCAGGCCAGGACAAGGACCUCCUGCCAGCCUCCAUUCUGGGGACCCCCAGCUGCCCCCCACGACCCAGGCGCAGUCUCCCACAUUCAGAGGUAGGGCUGAGCAGGGAGGGUGGGUCCCUGUCUGUCUGGCCUCCUGCGCUUCCUGGGUCAGUGCUCUGUGAAGUGGCCUCGUCCCUGCCGUUCUGGGGCCCUCAGGGGAUGACCCGGGGUGGGGUGGGUCCUUGCGUUGUAUCCUGCACACACAAUAAACAGCAGAAUCACUGGC